AAGACUUUGUACAUUUGACUCCGACGUCGCAACAGUGUUUAACAUAAAGUAUUUUACACAAUGAACAACGACUUGAGAUAUAGAGUGAUACUUCAUGGACCUUCAGUUUGGAAGGGAACCACUAAACCAGUCGAUGCUGAGCAGGAGACUCCGUUUAUCGUCGCGUUCGAGCCCCAAAGCAAUCUGGUUAUUGUUAAACAAGGAACUGUAGAAAUAGAGAAUCUAACCAUUGAUGAUCUAACGUCUGCAACACAAAUUUUAUCAUUGUUUUUCUUUGAAUCACAAGACGAUGCCAACGACGCUGAACGAGUACUCAACAAAUCAUUGAGCAGGUUACAGACUUUGUAUGAUAUUUUCAGAAAUACAACUAUUUUGGAGGUACUAGAAAGAUGCUUAGGAAGCGUUCACGUACCACUGGAAGUAGUUUCAUCCCGUAUGGACUUUAAUGCAGAAGCAUCCAUUGUGAGCAAUGGAGGCACUAAUUCAGCACGUACCUCUGAUGUUACAGGGGCUUACAAUCUUAGGAUGCCAAUUAGUCAAAAUCUGCAGGUUGUCACACCAGAUAUGGAUAUGAUCGAGUAUCUAAAACAAGCACUCGGUAAAAAGAAUCAUAUCGUGAAUAAAGUGUCCAUCAGCUUUUACCAAACUAAUGCAAACAAACUAAAAAAUGACAGUCAAUUAUCAAAUGAAGUAGGAGCGACAUAUGUGGUCCGUAAAUCGGCGUUAAAUACCCCAAGGAAUGUCACUAGAGCAACUACACCGUCUGCUCGUGCGGGUAAAGCCGUAGUCGACCUUUAUAGUAAACGAGGGUUGAUAAACCCACCCACACAGUGGUCAGCGUCAGAAUAUGAUGAAAACAUCCUGGCAGCUGCAAGCCCCGUUUUGAAGGGUGCAAUAACAUCCCAAAAACUAGAAGAGUGUAUAGGAGAGCUAAGAUCCGUUUCACAGGAACAAUACGUUGCCUUAGAGGAAUUGGACAAUGCAGAAAUACCACAAAAUGAAGUUGUUAACACUGAAUCCUUGUCAAUAGAUAACGAUGAAAAAUCGGUAAAGAAUGUAAAAGAAAACAAGGAAAUUAUUACAGAUGGAUUAUAUACUGAUCGUACUAAUAACACAGAAAUUGAUGCGGCUGUCGAAUUUGCGUUGCAAUUAAUUCAUACCUUUGACUUGGGUAAAAUUGAGGUGCUAAAUGUUCCCGAACCUGAUAAACCAAUGCCGCAGGUUUCUAGGAGAAAUCUAAAUGUAGCUGACGUUGAGGAAAAGGUGGAGAAUGUAGAAAAUGAAGAUCAUGAACUUCUGGAAAGCACUGAGCAACAUAUUACAGAAAUUUCUCAACCAUGCUCCCCAGUAAUAGGGGAGGAGCAAUCGCUUGAAGAGGAACUUAUGGCACUAAAAUCGCAACAUGAGCUUGAGACAAUCGAACUUAAUUCUGCUUUGAAAGAGAAAGAAGAACAGAUACAGAAGCUUGUGAAUGCUAACUUGGCAAAAGAAACUGAAACAUUGUCAGAGCACAACAAAGUUGUUGACAAUUUGAAACAGCAAAUUAACGGACUCCUCGCAGAAAAACAAAAUCUAAGUAGACAAUUGCAAACUAUAGUUCAAGAAAACCAACAAUUAGGUGAGCAAGUUGAUAUUUACGAAGGGAAACUCGCUGAUGCAAAGAAGCUGGAGGUAGUAAUCGAGCAGAUCAAAACCGAGAGUGAAGGUAAGUUAACCGUUUUGCGUGAGUGCCUUGCUAAGCAACAAAAGGAUAACGAGCUUUUGAACUCCGAGGUUAACAGAUGCAAUGCUGAGAUCUCUAACAUCACAACCGCUUUUGAAGAAGUUAAACAACGUGAAACAAUGCUUAUUGCUAAAACUAAUGAAUAUAAAAAGGAAUUGAAACAACUGGAUGUAAUGCAAGUGGAUUUAGAUUCAGCUAAUGAACAAAUAGAACAGUUGAAAAAUGAAAUCAGUAAGCUUAAAAUGACUAACGAAGAACAGAAGCAGUUGUUUGCCGAUUCCGAAAUGAGAUGUGAGAAGUUGAAAGAGGAACUUGAUCUAGCGUUGGCAGAGACUAGUGAAUAUAAACAAGAGUUAAAUAAAGUAGAAUUAGUGUCGUUGCAAUUGAAAGAGUCGCUGGAUGAACUUAAGGCCAAGAACAAUAAAUUAGAGGUCAAACUGGAAAUGAUAACAACAUUACAGGAACGAUUAAAAACUGAAAAGAACAACAGUACAGAUCAGAUAUUAAAAGAAAAAAUGAAAUAUGAUAUUUUAAUGAAGGAAUAUGAAGUGAAAUGUAGUAAUAUGUCGGAGCAAAUAGCCUGUCUACAAAACAAAUUGAAUGUUGCAACUGAAGAUUAUGAGGCCCUCAGGAAUGAAUAUGCAUCUCAUAGAAUAAAAUGCUGUCUGGAUAGCAGUAUCAAAAAUGCAAAGUUGGUUUCUGGCGCUAAGUUAAAGACUAGUUUAAUGAAUACAGUCCUUAAAUGCAAGGCUGAGUUGGCUAGACAACAAUGUCAAUUGAAAGUAAUGGCCAAAACAUUGAAGCUUCCAGAUAACGUUAAAACGACUCAAAUUGCCGCAGAGGUGGGUAGAAAUCUAACUGUCCUCUCUAUUGCAAAACAUAAAUUGGCUACCCAUGGAAAAAUAAAGGCGGCUUAUAACCAUAUUAAAGCAGAAAAGGAUGAUCUCAUGCGGCAGUUAGAAACUAAGAAGUAUGAAUGUAAAUCAUGUGCAAAGCGUAAUGAGCAUAUGAUCGAGGAAAAUCAACGAUUAAUAUCUGCGUUGAUGAUGGAACGCGAAAAGCUAGCCUCGAUGCAAAUAGAAGCUAAACUCCAAAUUGCCAAUGAAUUAACGAAAACCAACGAAGAAAAGAGGAUUUUGUAUGCUAAACAGUGUGAAUUGAAAAUGCAGAACGAAGAUCUGAAGGAGGAAGUGUCUGUAUUGAAGCGUCAAGUUACAAUGUUGCAGAUGAGCUCGAUUGAAAGGGAAUCUGAUUAUAAAGAAAGCCCCUAUCCAUCAAUAGAUAGUAACAAUCUAGUUGUUCAUAAACUGAACAGCAUGCCAAAUGUAUUUCCAAAAACGGGUAUGGUACACAGGUCUAUGAGAAGAGGUAGUGAAACUACUUUCUGCGGUGACGUUAGCGUGGAUUACACCCCAAGUGUAGAUUUUGGGAAGCAACGUACCCUAGAUAGAAAUGUAAUUCCAGGAUCACCCUGUGCAUAUAAAGAUACCAAGGCAUCACUAUACAGCCGUAGAGCAACACUAGAAAGAAUGCGGGCGCGGGAACAUAAGUUUGCAAGAGCUAAUGAUGAAGUAUAUGUAGGCAGCAGUAUUAAACACAAGCAUCCAUGGAUGUUUUAAUGUAGAAUGUAUUAAACGAGCACCUUUCAAAAUUUUGUACUUUACUGUAUACGCUCUAUAGAUACAUUGA